UUUUUGUAGUAAGUACGAUUGAGUACGAUGGCCAGUGUUGACAAAAGAGGAUGGCGUCUGUUUUCAGAUUUAAACAACGCAUUUAGGCGAGACCCAGAGAUAGACGAAUUUGACUUUAUUCCUGUGCUUGAGCCAAAAAAUAACAGAAGUCCAGUUGUUCUGGUUGACCAUAAACUGGGUCUGGAGCUUUGGUGUGUCAAAAUUCUCUUCCAGUAUGCAUACCAUACCUUGAUGGGCUGGAGAAGUAAAAAAUCCUACAAGUUCAUGGAACCCCAAGAACUAGCAGUGUUAGCAAGAGCAGUUGUGCUGGUCAACCCUGAGUGUUACACAGCUUGGAAUAUAAGGAAAGAGUUAAUAGAGUUGGGAGAUGUCUCAGAGAUGGAAGAUCUUCGUCUUAGUGCACUUGUACUUACAAGACAUCCAAAAAGCUCAGAGACAUUUGUUCACAGGAGAUGGGUUUUAGGGCGCUUUAUCGAGAACCACUUACAGUCAAGCCAAGGAUCGACACACAGUACCGGCAGUGGCCAUGAUGGAUUUGUCAGUAUGGAGGCUAUUGAUCUGAACCUUGGGGCAGCACAGAACCAACAACCUGUGCAAAAUGGGGAAGUAGCAUUGAAUGUUGCCGCUGGGUCUGAUUAUCACAGUCAGAUGAAGAUAGAAAUAGACGUAUGUCGGUGUGCAGCGGAGAAAUACCCAUGCAACUAUUAUGCCUGGUCUCAAAGGAUCUGGCUCAUACAACACUGUUAUAACUGCUCUACACGGGUAAUACUUUCAGAGCUACAAUGUACAGAGUCCUGGGUGGAGAAGCAUAUAUCUGACACUUGCGGCUUCCACUACCGACAGUUCCUGCUCAAUACUCUACAUGCUCAAAGGGAUCAGUUACGGGACCAGUUCUCUAUGCAAUAUGUCAGUCUACUACAGAAAGAGCACAAGUUUGUUCAAGAACUCAUAUGUACAUACCCUGGCCAUGAGGCAAUGUGGAAUCACAGGAAAUAUGUCUUCCAUUCCUUGCACAACUUAUAUUGCUCUGAGUGUAAAAAUGAGGAUGUUGACAAUGAAUGUAAUUUAAAGAAAACGCGGCUGGAAUAUGAUCAGCAUCUGUUGGAGCAAAAAGAAAUAGACUGUGUACAGCGAAAUGAACUCAAAUCUAAGGAUGCCAGUCAGAAGAAAUUAAGCCAAAACUACAUUGACUGGAUACAAAGAUCAGUGAUAAAAUGAUAUCAGUCUAAUUGACAAAAAUAAAUACAUCAGUGAAACCAGUCUGCACCUUAUAUGAAAGUAAAUAAGACUGGAUAGCUUAACAGGAAAAAGAAAUCUGUAUGAAAAUGUUGAAACCAGUCUUAAUAGCAUUGACUAGAACCAGAAAUAUGAAGUAAGACCUACAUGACAAAUUAAAUUCGAUAUCAAAAAUUAGUUUAAAAAAUGUUUUGAUAUACUGAAAAAAACACAAGUCUGCCAAAUACUGGUAUAAGUAUUGGAAAUACUAAGGUUUUUCUGUAUAAAAUAAAUAUUAGCAUGUAACUUAUAUUUUUGAAAGCUUAUUUUAUCUUUUUUGAAGUCAUCCAUGCUUUUAACUGAUCUGUGAUGAAUGUAAUGGGACUAAUGAUGGCAUUAUUGAUAAAAAUCUCUUCCCUAAACUGUUUGAUCAUUUGUUUAGUCCAGGCAAAUUUCAUGUCAUGGAACAUAUGGGGUGAAUUUUUAUCAACUCAUUACCAGUAGACACUAUGUAUGACAUUCAAAAAGUGAUUUGCAAAUUUCUUAAGUUUUAACACAAAACAAAAAUUAUUGCAAAACUACCUCAAUAUAACUGCCUUAAUUUGAUCUUUCAGAUUGGUAAAAACCUGAAUGUUAAAAUUAACAAGACUGUAUAAAUAUGAUUUGAGCUUUCAAACUGGUAAAAACCAGAAAUUUAAAACUAGCAAGACUUAGUACGAAUAUAGGCUAUUUUGGUCUUAAAAGCUUUAAAUAGGUUUUUAGGAACAGAUGAAAUGUCAUUUUGAGUAAUAAAUGUUUACUUACCUAUCCAUCAUAUCAGAUCAUAGUGACUAAGUCUUUAUUUCAGCAAAUUUUUGGCAUUCAUUUUUGCAUACAGUUCUAUGAAAAUGCAUUUAGGUGGCCAAACCACAUGACUUUUUGGUAUCGUACACAUGAGGAAAAAUGCUCUAUUUGGAUAACAUUUUUGCUUAUAAUUUCCUUACUGCUUGACAGAUUUUAAUGAAAUAAAAAAAGUGUUGAAGACAGGACAAUGGGUGUUUUCGUUGCCACAAAGCUUCUCCAGGAAUUCAUGAUACUUUUCUCAAACACUUCACCCAAAUGUGUUUUCACGGACCAAAUGUGUAAAUAACGUAUACACUGGAAUUUAGGCGAAAUGUUUGAAAACAGUACAGAUUAAGUGUGACAGACAUUUUGUGUGGAGCAAAGCACUCAUUUUUCUGUCUUUGAUGCUUCUUAUUUUAUUAAAAUCCAUAAAAUAACAAGGAAAUUACAAACAAAACUUUUUCAGUCUAGCAAUUUGAUAACAAAAAUGUUCCGUUUGCUCUGUCAUUUUAGCUAGAGCUUCCAAAGGAAUAAAAUCUUCUGUUGCUAGAAACAUUGUUAAAAUAAAAAUCAUGUAUAUUUAACUUUCUGGAUUCAAACAUCUGUGAUAUAUAAUGAAGGCUGUAGUACAAUUUUAUAAUAUAUAUGUUUGCAAGGAACAUCUGUUUUAAUUUGAAAAUUUUUACAUUGAAACACAUGCAAUUAUGUAGGGUACUCUAUUUAUGCUUAUGCACAUACUUAUUCUUGAUUCAUUUCCAAAGAAAAAUAUUUGAGCCGCACCAUGAAAAAACCAACAUAGUGCAUUUGCGACCAGCAUGGAUCCAGACCAGCCUGUGCAUUUGUGCACUUUGGUCAGAAUCCAUGCUGUUCGCUUUCAAAGCCUAUUGCAAUUAGAGAAACCGUUAGCGAACAGCAUGGAUCCUGACCAGACUGGGCAGAUGCGCAGGCUGGUCUGGAUCCAUGCUGGUCGCAAAUGCACUAUGUUGGUUCUCUCAUGGUGUGGCUCAUUUUAUGUUAAUAUGUUGAAGUAUCUGAGUUUAUGUAAGUAUUAGGGCUUUAUUCUGCAUUAUGACUGUUGCUGUAUUUUUAUGCUUCAGUUAAGCUUAUUAAUCCCCCACCGUGGCGGAGGGAUUAUAGGAAUGGUCUGCGUCCGUCCUUCCGUCCGUAACAAAAUCGUGUCCGCUCCAUAUCUCCUAAACCCCUUGAAGGAUUUUCAUGAAACAUGGGUCAAAUGAUCACCUCAUCAAGAUGAUGUGUAGAACCCAUGAGUCAGCCUUGUCGGUUCAAGGUCAAGGUCACAACUCAAGGUCAAAGGUUUGAGCCUGCCAUUUUUUGUCCGCUCUAUAUCUCCUAAACCCCUUGAAGGAAUUUUAUAAAACUUGGGUCAAAUGAUCACCUCAUCAAGAUGAUGUGCAGAACCCAUGAGUCAGCCAUGUUGGCUCAAGUUCAAGGUCACAACUCAAGGUCAAAAGUUUGAGCCUUCCAUUUUGUGUCAGCUCUAUAUCUCUUAAACCCCUUGAAGGAAUUUUAUAAAACUUGGGUCAAAUGAUCACCUCAUCAAGACGAUGUGCAGAACCCAUGAGUCAGUCAUGCUGGCUCAAUGUCAAGGUCACAACUAAGGGUCAAAGGUUUGAGCCUUCCAUUUUGUGUCCGCUCUAUGUCUCCUAAACCCCUUGAAGGAUUUUCAUCUAACUUGGGUCAAACGAUCACCUCAUCAAGGCGAUGUGCAGAACUUAUGAGUCAGCCAUGUCUGCUCAAGGUCAAGCUCACAACUGAAGGUCAAAGGUUUGAGCCUGCCAUUUCGUGUCGGCUCUAUAUCUCCUAAACCCCUUGAAGAAAUUUUAUAAAACUUGGGUCAAAUGAUUACCUCAUCAGAAUCAUAUGCAGAAAUUAUGAGUCAACCAUGCCAGCUCAAGGUCAAGGUCACAACUAAGGGUCGAAGGUUUGAGCCUUCCAUUUGGUGUCCACUCUGUAGAUCUCCUAAACCUCUUGAAGGAUUUUCAUCAAACUUGGGUCAACUGAUCACCUCAUCAAGAACUCAUGAGUCAGCCAUGUCAACUUAAGGUCAAGGUCACAACUGAAGGUCAAAGGCUUCAGCUCUGUAUCUCCUAAACCCCUUGAAGGAUUUUCAUGAAACUUGGGUCAAAUGAUCACCUCAUCAAGACGUUGUGCAGAAUUCAUGAGUCAGCCAUGUCAGUUCAAGGUCAAGGUCACAGCUAAAAUCAAAGGUUUACCCUUUCACUAUCCAUAGCAGUGGCGGCGGAUUUAGCUGUCUUUCAGACUGCCUUGUUUGUAUAGUUGUAAUCUGACUGUCUUACGUUCCUUGUCCAAUGUAUCACUCUAGACUUGAAGGAAACUUGAAAUAUAGAUAAAUAAGAGGGAGUGCGAAGCGUAACAAGCAUAAAUUUGAACUUAAAUAUUUUUUAAUUGUCACCCUUUUUACACUUCUUUUUCUUAUCCAGGGUAUAACAUUGAAAAUACUGCAGAGAUUUCAUUUAAGAUUAUGGAUAGAUAUCAGUAUGAGGGAGUGCAUUGCACAAGAAAAAUUACUUUAUUUUGAAUAAUUUUUGUUGUGCCCUCCAAAAUUUUUUGGGGAAUUGGGCACUUAGAUUUGCUCUUGUCCAUACGAAUUUAUGUUGUGCAUAUCUCAAAAAGUAUUUCAUCUAGAGUCAUCAGAUUUUACAGGAUUGUCUUUCAGCAUGUUAAUUUGUGUACCUGGUGUUUUAACUGAGCUUUAUAACAGCCAGACCAGAGUUUUGGCCCUUGACUUAGUCAGAAAUAUACAUGAAAAAGGCCUAAAAGUUUUUGUGACAUGUGUCUCAAAAAGAAUUUGACCUAGGAUUUAUGGAACAUUAUAGGAAUGCUAUUCACUAUGUGAUGUUGUGCACUUUGGGUUUUGUUUGAGAUUACAGUCAGCCAGACCAGAGCUAUGGAUCUUUACUUAGUCAAAAGUAUGCAUAAAAAGGUGUAAAACUUUGUGUGGCAGGUAUCUUAAAAGGUAUUUGACCUAGGGUCAUGAAACAUAAUAGGGAUACUAUUCAGCGCAUGAAGUUGUGCAUCUUGGGUUUUGUUUGGGAUUUCAAUCAGCCAGACCAGAGUUGUGGUCCUUGACUUAGUUAACCAAGCCCUGUUGGGGUAAUAUUCAUCAGUUCUACCCAUAGCCCUGUUUUGGCAAAAUCUUCAGUGUCCUAUAUUUUUAUAAAAAUCCACUUUUCUCAUUUUUUCGACUGUAACAGUGUAUUAGAAAAAAACAUAGUGGCGCCUUUAGACAGCUAUUAUUUUUAUCAGCUGAAUUAUUAUGUAUAAUACUCGUAUCUGUAACAAUGAUUUAUUUUAUAUGCUUUGUAACAAAACCUUACCACUGGUCUUUCAUUAUUAUAUUUCCUAAACUAA